AUGUUCAGCAAAUUAACCUUCGCUCUACUCUCAGCUUUCGUCCAACUCGGUCUGGCUCUCAAUCAGGGCGACUUGACAGUCUCCUUGCAGGCCAUCGAGUCAUCCGUGAAAUCGGUAGGAGACAUCAUCCUAACGGCGGUUAUCUCCAACCCCACGGAAAACGAUGUACGCGUCCUUCGUGCACACAAUGUCCUCGACACGUCCGCCACUCAGUCCUUCGACAUCACGUCCUCCGACGGAACGAUGGUCCCGUUUGCUGGUAUAAAGCCAACGAUUGACCUCUCGAACGAAUCUGCCUACGUGAUAAUUCCAGCAGGACAAUCUGUUGCCGUCAACCACAGUAUCGGUUCCUUCUAUGACUUCUCGUCUUUCGCUACCGGUACUUCCUUCUCGUUCGCCCCACGUACCACUUUCCAAUUGGGUUACGACGACACUCCGAUCGUCGCCGAUGCCGCACCUGUGGAAGUCAAGGUGAACGAGGACCUCUCGUUCACGCCGUUCUUCGCUUCACCUGGGGCGAGCCUUUCUACCCCCACAUGCUCUGAUGGGGGAAAACUGGGGGUCAUUACUGACUCAUUGAGAUACGCCAGGUCCCUCGCCGGAGGUGCAGCUACCGAUAUAACCUCUUCCGCUCCCAACGGUCCUCAUUUCCAGACGUACUUUGGUGGAAAUUCCAACUCGGACAUCUGGUACAACCUUGAUCGAAUUGCUGGAGACCUGGUUGGAAACAGAGGCAUUUACUGCGCAAUCGAUUACGCUGACUCAAGGGAUGGCUGUAACAACAACCCGUCAUGGAUUGCCUACACUGUCAUAAAUGGUGCUGAUAAUCCGAUCUAUGUCUGCGAAUUGUUCUUCCAAGCUGGAAGUACACCCAACAUAUGUAACACUCAUACCUACGAUGACACCAUGUCGAGCAACGGUGGUAUCAUCCUUCAUGAACUUUCGCAUGCUGUUGAUGGCACCGACGAUGUGAUUUAUGGCUGUAGUGCUUCUGCUACUCUCUCACCUGCAGAUAAGAAGCGGAAUGCAGAUAACUACCGGUGUCUUGGUCUGAACGUCUACCUUGAUUGGAAUUGCAUUCACGGUCCUCUCUAG